GACCCACAAUGUGUGUCAGAGGACCGUCUUAGCUCCAAAAGUAGAUGACUGAUCCAAAUCUGGUGUCUGUAUUAACUACUGACUGCAAGAUACGAGAAAUAUCGAUUCACGCGUUUUCAUCCCAAGAUUUUCGAUUGUUGGAUAGAAUGCCGGCGAUCAUCAGUAAAAACUCCGAUUUGGAGUUUGAUUCCUUACAACCAUGUUUCUAUCCGGACGAGGACGACUUCUACCUCUGUGGUCCCGACGCUGCGCCACCGGGGGAGGACAUCUGGAAGAAAUUCGAGCUGCUGCCCACUCCGCCCCUCUCUCCGAGCCGUGCAGCGCUACCGGGAGAGCCGGCGGCCGCAACUGCCUCUUCAGAGGCAGAUCCCCUCGGCUUCAGCUUAGGGGACCCCUUGGACUGGGCUUCUGAGCUGCUGCUCCUGCCCGAGGACGAUAUAUGGGGGGCAUCCGACGACGGGGACCUUUUCGGCUCUUCUGUGGAUACAAAUCCCAACAACAUCAUUAUCCAGGACUGUAUGUGGAGCGGCUUCUCCGCCAGGGAAAAGCUGGAGCGAGUGGUAACGGAGAAACUGGGUAAGGCGAUUUCAACGGCAUCGGCCGGGGGAAGGAACGCGUACGUCAGGGUGCCGGAGGUGGUGAGCCGCAGCUCGGUGUCGGAGUGCGUGGACCCCGCGAUAGUGUUCCCCUUCCCGGUGAACAAGAAGAGCAGCAGCAAGGACGCAUCUGGGACUGUUAACGCGUCCACAGCGAAUGGAAGCGCAGCUAGUGACUCCGAAGAGGAAGACGAAGAUGAGGAUGAAGACGAUGAAGAAGAGGAUGACGAGGAUGAUGAGGAGGAAGAAGAGGAGGAAGAGAUUGAUGUAGUUACAGUAGAGAAGAGACGCUCCACAAUCAGCAAGACAUCUCCCAUGACCACAGGUAUAGGAACCAUCUGUGUUAAUCCCAAGAGCCAAGAUGCAAGAGGGAUUGUCUCAGGAUCUGGGGUUGUGAGUCGGUUCAUCAGCCGUGCCCCUCAGGAGCUCAUCCUGAAGAGGAGCUCGGUCCAUCAGCAGCAACACAACUACGCGGCGCCCUCACCCUAUGCCUCAGAUGAUGACCUGACCCCACCUCCAAAGAAACAGAAGACAUCAGAGACAUCGCGCCCUCCCAUCAGAAUCGGUUCAUCGUCCUCCACAUCUUCCUCCUCGUCCUGCACCUCUGCCCCCAGCAUUGCGGGCUCCCGCAGCAAGCGCAGCACCAGCGGGGACAGCAGUCCACGUGGAAGCUCUGACUCUGAGGACAGCGAGCGCCGACGAAACCACAACAUCCUGGAGCGCCAGCGACGCAACGACUUGCGAUCCAGCUUCCUGACCCUGCGUGACCAUGUCCCAGAGCUGGCUCACAACGAGAAGGCGGCAAAGGUGCUGAUCCUGAAGAAGGCAACCGAGUACGUUUGUUCACUGGAGACGGAGGAGAUGAGGCUCCAGCAGGAGAAGGACAGGCUGCAGGCUCGCAGGCAACACCUCAUGCGCAGGCUGGAGCAGACUAGGACUCGCUGACGGACAACUGCUACAAAAUAAAACCCCUCACAUAGACCCUGGAGGAACCCCUCUCACCAUCCUGAACUCCAGACAUAGGCCUAUACACUUAAGCACAGACACGCAGGCCUUUAUAUCUGUUGGACUUUUGCACACAGAAACACUAAAAUCUCAGAGGACAUUUAUCGUCAGAUGCCGAUACACAAACCUGGAAGAGAGAAGAGAAGAGGAUGCACAGGGGGGAGGGGGGUUUGCUGGAGGAACGCUCGGACUUUUACUGCCGCCACUUUUUUUGCACAUUUGUUGACGUUAAGAAUGUUUAGGGUUUACUUUUCAAUCCAGUCACAUCGAGGAAAGACAAAAAGAGAAAGAAUGAGGAGGGAGACAAGAGACACUUUUUUUUUUGUCUUCGCUCCCUCUGGUUGUUGUUAUUGUUUUUUUUAUAUAUCAUUUCUACAUGUAUGUUUGUUUGUUUUUUGUACUCACUGUGACACCAGCCUGGAAUUGCAUGAUUCCACACAGGGAUGGGUGUUGGAGGGCACUUUGCUUGGAGAGUUCAGCGGUGCACGCUUACCUUUGCCUUCAUCACUGCAAAACUGAAAAAUGAAACAUAAAAAACUGAUGACCGAGGCGUCAUAGCAGACACAAACAAUGCCACUACAGGUUCUUUUUCCCUCACUCUUCUCACACUGGUGCUCAAACCAAGUCAGUGGAUGUAUAACUGUGCACCUUGCUAGGCGACACUUUUGUAUAUAACAAUAGUGUGCAGACAAAAUACACUCAGAUCUGCCUUGUUUUAUAUUUACACUUUUGUUCUUGUUUUUUUUUUUAAUAUUCAAGUCAGGAAGCUGCCAAUAACUGGACUGUAAGUUUAUAUACCUUUCAAUGUACUGUAAGGUCUCAGUUUAUGAGAGUCAGAAAAACUUUGUAAUAUAACUGCAUAUUUUUCCUUCUCUUUUUCUUUUUUGUAUAUCACUACGUUUUACACAUUUAUUUGCUUUUAGUGUGAUACAUACUAAAUUUGAUACUUAUAUUUUCGUAAGAGAAUGCAUUCUUGGUAGAUAUCACUUUAUCUUGUCAUUUUCUCUCUUAUCAGACAUUUUUUUUGUACAGCAGAUGUGUUCUAUCCACAUGUACCUGGACUUUCCCCACCUUUUUUUAAACUUUCCUCUUUUGUUGAUAUUUUUAACUAUCGGGUGCAUAGAACUGGGUAAACUGAUAUGUUUGUUUUUUCACUACAUUAAAUGUACCUUUAGUGCUGCAACUCAUGGCACUUUUGAAAUACCUCAUUUUGAAAAAUAAAUAGACAAAAUUUCCUGACUUUUUA